AUGAAGAGAGAGAGAAAGGGAAAAGAGAGAGAAAGAAAGAAAGAAAAAAGGAUAUAUAGAGAGAGAGAAAAAAGAAAGAAAGAAAAGAGAGACAGACAGAGAGAGAGAAAGAAAGAAAAAAGAAAAAGAGAGAGAGAGAAAGGAAAAGAAAGAGAGACAGAGAGCAAGAGAGAGAGAAAGAAAAUGGAAAAGAGAAAGAAAGAAAGAUGGAAAAGAGAGAAAAAGAAAGAAAGAAAGAAAGAUAGAAAGAGAGAGAGAAAGAAAGAAGAAAGGAAAGAGAGAGAGAGAAAGAAAAAUGGAAAAAAGAGAGAAAGAGAGAGUGAAAGCGAGAGAGAGAGAGGGAGAGAGAGAGAAGGAAAGGAAAAGGAAAAGAAAGAGAGAGAGUGA